AUGAUGGACAUGGAGAUGAACGCCGAGUUGGAGAGGGAUGGCGGCAGCGAGACCGGGGAGGCCUCCGCCGAGGGCAGCUCGGCCGGAAGCGUCUACUGCACGUUGGAGCAGGACUUUGCGAAGAUAACGAGCGAGAUGAGGGGCAACGAGGCCUUGGCGGCGUACGAGACCGAGUACACGCGGCUGUUCGAGUCGCUGUACCAAGCGCAGCGCCUGGAGCAGGAGCUCGGCGACAAGUGCAGCCGGCUGACGGCCGAGCUGGAGGAGCGCGCGAGCGGCGCGCGGCAGCUGGAGGCGCAGGUGGCGGCGGCCGCGGCCAGCGAGCAGCGGCUGCGCCAGCAGUUGCAGGACAGCCAGCGGCUGGCCGACAGCGCGCACGCGCGCGAGCGCCAGGCCCAGGAGGCGAUCGAGAGGCUGCGCGCGUCCGUCGGCAAGCUGGGCGAGGAGCUCGCCCAGAAGAACAGGCAGCUGGCCAGCGAGCAGCACGCGGCGGCCGCCGCCGCGGACCAGUCGCAGCGGCGCAAGGACGGGCCGCGCGAGCGCGAGCGGCUGCUCGCCGAGAUCGAGACGCUGCGCCAGCGCCUGCAGCAGCUCGGCAGGGCGAACGGCGAGCUGCAGCGCGGCGCGAGCGAGGCCGCGCGGCGGCUGGCCGAGCAGCAGGAGGCGGCCGAGCGCCAGGCCGGCGAGCUGGCGGCCGAGCGGCGGCGCGCCGAGCGCGCCGAGGCGGAGCUGCGCGCCGCCGAGGAUCGCGCGGCGGCGGGCGCGGCGGAGCUGCGCGCGGCCGAGGAGCGCGCGGCGGUGGCCGCGGCCGAGCUGGCGCAGCGGAGCGCCGAGCUGCGCGAGCAGGCCGAGCGCGCCGAGCGCCAGCAGCGGGACCUGCAGCGGCUGAUGCUCAAGCAGCUGUCGGCGCGCUCGGAGGCGGACCGGCUGCGGGCCGCCGCCGAGCGGGCGCGCAAGCAGCUGCAGGAGGGCGGCGCCGAGGCCAAGCUGGCGGCCCGGGAGAUCGAGCGGCUGAGGGAGCAGCUGGCCAGGGCUCGCGCGGAGCAGGAGGCCGCGGGCAGGCGGCUGGCGCAGGAGCGCGCCGCGGCGACGCGCGCCGAGGCCGGCCGCGAGCGCGCCGCGGCCGCGCUGCGCAGCGCCGAGCUGGAGGUGGCCUCGCUGACCAAGCAGCUGCAGCUGGAGCGGAAGGUGGCCGAGAAGCUGGGCCGCGAGAGGGAGGCCGCGCUGAAGAGCGCUCAGGGCCUCGAGGACGCCAACCGGAAGCUCGCCCUGGAGAUCCGCGUGCUCGAGCAGACCGGCCGCAAGAUGGAGCGCAGCAUCGAGGACAUGGCCGAGGCGGCGGCCGAGCUGCAGCGCCAGGCCACGGCCCUGGAGAAGGAGCGCGACAGGGGCGCCGUCGAGAACCAGCAGCUCGCCCAGAAGGUGGAGGACUGCAUGGACGAGCUGAAGGCCAAGCGGCUGGAGACGACGGACUGGCAGAAGCGCCUGGCCGAGGCCGAGGGCAGGUUCCGCCGGCAGCAGAGCUUGUUCGAGGAGGUGCGCGCCGAGCGCAACGGCCUCAAGAAGGGCCUCGGCCUGGCGCAGGACGAGCUCGCCCAGGCCAGGGCCCGGCUCAAGGCCGUCGGACAGCAGCUGGAGCAGGCGCGCGAGCAGCUCGCGCAGCGCGAGGCGGCCCUGACCAAGCAGGAGUUCCUGCUCGGCAAGUCGGAGAAGCAGAAGGAGGCCCUGCGCGCCGAGCUGGCCGCCGGGCGGCGGAGCCAGGCCGAGCUGCACGCGCGGCUGCACGAGCUGCGCCAGCAGGAGCGCCAGCUGCGCGGCGGCCUGCGCGAGGCCGACGCGCGCGCCGCCCGCCAGGCCAAGGAGAUCGCCGCGGCGCUGGCCGAGCGCGACGCGAUCGGCACCCAGCUGGCGCGGCGCAACGACGAGGCGGGCCUGCAGGGCAGCGCGCUGCGCUCGCUGCGCGCGCGGCUGAGCCUCGCGGCGAGGGGCCGCGGGCGCCGCGCGGCCGCGUCGCGGGCGCUCCGCCUGGAGGUCGCGCGGCUGCGGCGGGGCGCGCGCGCGCUGCGCGCCGCCGCGGCCGGCGCGGCCGAGCUGCGCGGCGAGCUGUUCCGCCUGGAGCGCGAGCUCGCCGCCGAGCGGCUCAAGGUGGCGGCCCUCGAGGGCGAGCUGCAGAGCCCGCUGAACGUGCACCGCUGGCGCGGCCUCGAGGCCGCCGACCCGGACGGCUUCGAGCUGCUGCGCGGCACCCACCUGCUGCAGCGCCGCGUGCUCGCGCUCUCGGCCCAGCUGCUCGCCAAGGACAAGGCCGCCAGGGCCGCGGAGCAGCUGUACAUGGGGCUCCGCGAGGUGAUGGCCAAGCAGCCUGGGCCCGAACUGCUGCGGCGCCUCGGUGGCGCCCGCCGGGCCUUGCGCCAGCGCGGCAACAGGAUCAAGUGCCUCGUCGCCGAGCUGAACAUGAAGCUGCAAGGCGAACACAAGUUCGAGAUCGACAGGAUGAAGUGCGAGCUCAAGGCCGUGAAGAUCAAGUACAUGGCGCAGAAGAAGCAGCUGCAGCAGCAGCAGCAACAGCAGCAGAGCUGCAAGGAGAAAGCCUCGGCGCCGCCAGCGUCGUGCGCCAAGUUUUACGGAGCGCGGCUGGCUCGAACUUGGCCGACGGCGAGGCAGCACGGCCGGCGCUCACAACCGAGCAUGCGAGCGAGCGGCUGGCUGUGCGUCUCGCUGGCGCUGGCUGCGCUGCGGCCCGGCCGAGCUAGAGAAGCCUUUUUGCCGAGGAGCCAGGCGGAGGCGGCAUGGCGGGCGCAGGCGGCCCGCGGCGCCAGUCUGAUCCCGCUGCUGCGCCACCUCGUCACCGAGUACUUCGAGGACUGCGCGCUCGGCCUGAUCCACGACGCGAGUUACGGGGCGGGCCGGCCGCUCGACUUGCGGGCCUACUUCGAGCGGCUGCCGUUCGCCGUCACCCAGGAACGCCUGGACGUGUCCGGGCGCGAGCGGCCGCGCGAGCGUCGCCCCCACAAGUGCACCAACUACGUGCUCUUCCUCUCCCGACUCACGGCCAUCGGGCAGGUCCUCGCGCGAGGCCUCAGCAGCAAGAUCGUCGUCGUCGUCUCGGCCGAGACGUCCUGGGAGGUGAAGAACCUGUUGCGGAGCGACGUGACUCGCUACUACGCCAACCUUCUCGUCGUCUGCCACAGCGCCAGCCGCAAGAGCGGCAACGGAGCCUACCUGCUGUACACGAGCGAGCUGUACGCCGACGGCAGCGGGGCCUCGCGGCCGCUACUGCUCGCCUCCUGGUUGAACGGCAGCCUGUCCACGGAGCGAGUCCUCUUCCAGGACAAGUUGAGCAGGGGCUUCAUGGGCCACCAGCUGCCCGUGUCCGUCGCGGAGAACCCGCCGUUCACCAUCAGGCGCUCGAUCAGCCCCUGGCAGGAGACGGGCUGGGAUGGCCUGGAGGUGCGCCUGCUGCAGCUGGCCGGCAGCUACCUGAAUCUCAGCGUGGAGUUCGCGGGGCCGCAGUCCCGCCAGCUGUCCACGCCGCUCGAGGCCGCCAAGGCGGACGUGGCGCACGGCUUGAGCUCCGUGGCCAUCGGCGGCAUCUACCGUACGAUCGAGCUGGAAGAGGGGACGUUCGACGCGACCAGGCCGCACCUCGAGGACUGCGCCGCCUUCGUCUCGCUGGCCUCGACCGCCCUGCCGAGGUACCGCGCCGUUCUCGGGCCCUUCCAGCUGGCCGUCUGGCUGAUGCUCUGCCUCUCGUACCUCGCCCUCGUCGUGCCGCUGAGCCGCGGCGCCGCGCCCGGCCGCCUCCUGGACGCCUUCUGGUUCGUCUACGGCACCUACACCAACGCGUUCGCCGUGAGGAGCCCGCCGCUCGGCAGCGACCCGGCCGGCCAGGCGCGCGCGCUGCUGCUGGCCGUCUACUGGCUCUUCACCAUCAUCGUCACGGCCUGCUACACCGGCUCCAUCGUGGCCUUCAUCACGCUGCCCGUCUUCCCGGCCGCGCUCGAGCGCGCCGACGAGCUCGCCCGCCAGCGCUACCGCGUCGGCACCCUCGAUCGCGACGGCUGGGAGCGCUGGUUCAACGCCAGCCACUUCGAGGACGAGCCCGCGCUCCGCCGGCUCUUCCACCGGCUGGACCUGGUGCCCGAGCUGCUGGAGGGCGUGCGCAACGCCAGCCGCGCCUACUUCUGGCCGUACGCCUUCCUCGGCUCGCGCACGGCCCUGGACUACCUGGUGCAGACGGACUUCGCCCCCAGCCUGGCGACCCGGCGCUCCCUGCUGCACGUGAGCGGCGAGUGCUUCGUGCGCUUCCAGGUGGUGCAGCUGCUGCCGCGCGGCUCGCUCCUCACCGGCAGGCUGAGCGCCUUCGUCGCGCGGGCCGCCGAGCACGGCCUGCUCGGGCGCAUCGCCGCGGACGUGGACUGGGAAGUGCAGCGGCUGGCCAGGCUCGCCGGCAGGAAGGUGACCAAGGGCCCCGCGCAGACCGCGCCGCUGGAGAACCGCGUGCUCGCGGUCGAGGACACCCAGGGCAUGUUCCUGGUGCUGGGCGCGGGCCUGCUGGCGGCCCUGCUCGCGCUCGGCUGCGAGCGGCUCGGCGGCUCGGCGCGCGAUCGUCGUCUGUCCGGCCGCGCGCGCCGCGGCCGCGAGCAUUUGGAGAUCGCCCGGGGCGGGCUCGGGCCCGGCCUCGGACGGCUCGGACGGCCCUCGUCGGCCCCCUACCACAGCGACUACCCGAAGCCCGGCCUGGAGGCCCGGCGCAAGGACUCGGUGCGGGACCCGCGCCAGCGCUCCUCGGACAGCGCGGACGACCGGCGGCUCGGCGCCUACCUGCCCACCAUGGAGAGAAAGCAUGAAUUAGUAUUGCGAUUUUUGUCUACUGCAGUCCCUUUUGUCGUUGUAUACAAUGUAUACUGUGAAGUCGCGCAUGCGCAGUAA